AUGCCACAAGUCCAAAAGAUUGAUUUUUUUAACAAAAAACAAAUACAAAGUUCAGAAUGUCAAACUGUUUUUGAAACUAUCACCAAAAAUUCAGAUGCAGUUAUCGAAUUGAAUGGUUCAUCUGAUGAAGGCGAAGACGAAGCAGAAGAGAAUGAAGUAAGUGAAAGUAGUGAUGGAUGUAAAAAUUAUGAAAAUGAAGAAAAGAAAGCUAAUGAAGAAAGUGCAAGUAGCGAUGGAUGUGAAAAUUAUGAAAACGAUGAUAAUGAUGGGAAGUAA